AUGCUGAGGAUGGCUGCCAAAGCCCGUUUGCCAAUGUCGAGGAGGAAUUUUCAAAGCAAGCCCGAGGUGAAGGAGGAGAUCAUGUGCCGCAUCGUGACCGAUCGGGAAGUCGCGGUGCGCGCCGACCCAGAUGAUAGAGCCGAAUGUGCCCAUGUAAGGGCUUCCUGGUACCGACAAGCAAUGGGCAGUAACAGGGAGAUUGUCUGUCUAGGUAUGCCUGUGUACCUGCACGUUGGGCCAUGA